AUGUUGACCCGCGCAUUUCCGCUUCCUCUUCCGGGUCCGGCGGCGCCAGGGCUGAAAAAUGGUGCAGCGCCUGACAUACCGCCGUAGGUUGUCCUACAACACAGCUUCCAACAAGACCAGACUGUCCCGAACACCCGGGAACAGGAUUGUUUACCUUUACACCAAGAAAGUGGGAAAGGCCCCUAAGUCAGCAUGUGGGAUUUGUCCAGGACGACUUCGUGGUGUCCGUGCUGUGCGCCCCAAAGUCCUGAUGAGGCUGUCAAAAACAAAGAAGCACGUGAGCAGAGCCUACGGUGGCUCCAUGUGCGCCAAGUGUGUCCGUGACAGGAUCAAACGAGCUUUUCUUAUCGAGGAGCAGAAGAUCGUUGUGAAAGUGUUGAAGGCACAAGCACAGAGCCAGAAGUCAAAGUGAAUCUAUUUGUAGUUUCAGCCCAAUAAAUGAGAUCUCCACUUC